GGUUGAAGAAACUGUUAUUAAUCAUUUUGUUAUCACUCCUGUAUGAUCAGCAAUUAAUGUAAAUAUGUAUAUAUAUUAUUUUGUUUUCCCCUAGCCUCAUACUUUAGAUUAUAUUAAUAAUAGCAUUCCCACCUUAGCAAAACCAGAACUUUCUCUCACCUCCCUAUUACUCUUGCGCCUCCCACUGACUAUAAAUAAAGGAGUCAAGGGGAACCACCCUUUGUAACACAUUCUGCUGUAGUUUGCAUUGCAGAGAGUGUGGGUACCCUUGCAAGUAAAACUGUAACCUGUGUGUGUCUCAUAAAUGUGGAGUUGGGGUGGAAACGCCGGGCGCUUUCCCCAACAUAGAAUUUGGUCCUUCGAGCCGGAUCCGAGGAACCCCGAAGACGUCUCCAGUACGCCGAGAGAAGCGACACCGAAGUCUGUCGACAGCCACUCGAAGUCGGGUGCAAGAAAGACCUGUGAUGUGAAUUCGUCAUCAGGCCGGUGGUUAGAACUGCGCUCGACGUCUGGUGAUGUCUGAAGGACCUCGGUGACGGAACAGAGAGCACACUAUACAGGAUAACUUGCAGCCAGGGGAUUGGAUCCUGGUCAAGGUCCUGUUGCGGAAGGAGUGGAGCACACCCCGGUGGGACGGUCCUUAUCAAGUCCUCCUCACAACACCAACAGCUGUGAAAAUAGCAGAACGACCUUCCUGGAUACACAAAAGUCACUGUAAACCCAUCAAGCCCUUAUCAGAGGCCUCAGCGACAGAGUAGCAGUGGAAGUCCGCUACAAAGGCACAGUAACCAAUAGGGUGCUGCUGUCUCAACCCGGUGAAGAAAACAACUGAGCUGCACUCUAUUAGGAUGGCUCUGACGGGGUGGGGAUGUGGUAAGGUGACUCUAGGGGUCAUUCUUGUUGUUGGACUUGUAUGGUUGUCCUUGCUCCCACUAGCUCCAUUGCAACACCUACGGCGAUGGACCCAUGACGACUUCCAUCUGCGCCCAUUGCCUGCUGACCACUCACACCCGUUCAUGAAGAACUACUGGUAUCGAUAUGUACAUGACACUAUAACAGCAAAAAAUGUGACGAAUUGCUAUGUUUGUUCUGUGAUGCCUACUCAUAGUGAAGGACCCACUGUAUAUGGAAAACCCAUGAAUAUGUCCCAGGCCAAAUGUGCUGCAUCUUUUGCAGGUAUAGGGUACCAAAGUAUUGUUUCACUUAUAUUUUCCGUAGAUGGAGACUAUGUUAAUAUCACCACUAAUGGGUCAGGUAAUAUUACUGUAAAAACUGUUGUGCAAGAUGCCACAGGAAUAUACCCAGAUGACCCUGGGUUCCAAAACGGCACAUGUCUCCAAGACUUUUGGGUGGAUUUCAACGUAACUAAAACCAAUGUAUCAUUCCCCUUUUCUGUCCUAAUAUAUCAAGACCCAACCACAUAUAAUCAUUCAGUCUGCUACAAACAGAAUAAUGGCACUAGGUGGAUCGGAGGCAAUACCACGAAUUGUGACACGACCUUCGUUAGCAGCAUGUACGGCUCUCCUGUCUCGUUCUUGGGGCCCAGUAAUGGAACUUAUUGGGUGGACGGUGUGGCUUGGUUAUGCGGACCUCGUGCAUACUUUGUCCUACCACCGAACUGGUUUGGAGUGUGCGCUCCUAUUUUUGUUUCAGAUCACACCUUCCUGAUAGCACAGGGAAGUAAGGUUUCCAUCAGAAGCAGGAGGAAGCGUUCGAUAUCAAUACAACCCCAUGACAGUUUGUGGGGAACAGACGUACCCCCUGAACAUAAACUGUGGGGAACAGGCAGUAAAGUUGCGCUGUCCCUAUUCCCCUGGGCAGGAGUCGGAAAGCUCAUGCUACGAGUAGAAACUCUAAAUUAUAGACUAGGUCUUUUCAUAAAUAGUUCGAUACUAAUUGAUCAACAACAAAACGAACAAUUGGACAUAACCAGACAGAUGGUUAUCCAGAACCGUAUGGCAUUAGACCUACUGACAGCUGCACAAGGAGGAGUAUGUGUCCUCCUGAAUCAAACGUGCUGCACUUACAUUCCUGACAACGUGCACUCACCUAAUAUGACAAUUGCCCUCGACCGCCUCCGUGACUUACAAAAAGUGAUGACCAUGGACAGUCAACCGCAGUCCUCCUGGCUGGACUGGUUUGUUACAGGAACAUGGUGGUCCAUACUGAUGAAAAUGUGCCUACCUUUUGUUUUGUUUUUUAUUUUGUUUUUCUGUUGUUUUAUAACUGUUAUACCAUGUUUGAAAAUGUUUAUUAAUCAAGCUCUUAAUGCUGCUUUUCGGACACACAGUACAAUGUUUCUCUCCCUUACUCAGAAUAUGGAGACAGAGCCUGUUUCCAGCGAUAGCGAUGAAGAAGACAUGUAAUUCAUAAUGACGGCUGAGCCGAAAGCACCCGUGCAGGGCUCGGACCUGAAGUAACGGAAUUAGAUGUUUUUCUAUGAUAAACAGGAGGAACGACUCCUGAUGGUUUUCUGUACUCCACAGUUAGGAUGAUGAUGAUGUGAUCUAAAUGACAGUUGUACUGGAAAUGCUUUUGCAACUUGUACAAUACUGAUGUUUUUGAUCAUACUGUCAUGAUAAACAGGAGGGACUGUUAGGUUGAAGAAACUGUUAUUAAUCAUUUUGUUAUCACUCCUGUAUGAUCAGCAAUUAAUGUAAAUAUGUAUAUAUAUUAUUUUGUUUUCCCCUAGCCUCAUACUUUAGAUUAUAUUAAUAAUAGCAUUCCCACCUUAGCAAAACCAGAACUUUCUCUCACCUCCCUAUUACUCUUGCGCCUCCCACUGACUAUAAAUAAAGGAGUCAAGGGGAACCACCCUUUGUAACACAUUCUGCUGUAGUUUGCAUUGCAGAGAGUGUGGGUACCCUUGCAAGUAAAACUGUAA